AGCGGUUUAGAGCGAUUUGAGUGAUUGUUGCAAACCGCCGACAACCGCUACCAACCGCAAAAGCAGCGUUUGCGGGUGGUAGCGGAAAAACCAGUCGCACAAUUAAUAGAAUUUAUGGUAUAUUUGUAUUUUAAUAUUUUUACAUAAUUUAAAUGAAUAUCCAUAUUUGAACUGAACCCGUAAUGAUCCAAACUGAAUCCGAACUAAAAUUUAUAAAUAUCCAAAUAGGUUUUAAUCUCUCAUCUAAAGACCAAUAUCUGAAUAGUCGGAAUCGAACCUGAACUCUUAUCCCUACAUGUAGUCUAUAAUAUUAAUAUAUGAUCACAGAUAAAAACACAAAUAUGAUUACAAAAAAAAUACAUAUAUGAUAUAAAGAAAGACACAAAUACAUAUGGAACUUGAUUUAUUUAAUAUACUUACAAAAAUUAUCUAUUCUAUUAAAUUCAUAUCAUACAAAAAUAUGAUUCUACAAACACACAAUCAUAUAAAUUAUAUUAGACAAAAAAAUUUAAAAACAAAACAUAUACCCGCCCUCUCGAGGGCGGGUCAAUAUCUAGUUAUACGUUACUUUCGAGAACGAAAAAUUAAACAGAUAUGUUCAAAAAAAAAAUUAAACAGAUUAAAAGUACUUCCUCCUUUCCAUGAAACUAUACUUACGUUCUAAAAAUAUGUUUUUCAAACAUGAAACAGGAAAUUGAAUUUGGACGGAAUAUUCAUGUAUCCUAGUAAACCACUUCUUAUAAAAAAAAAAUAUCCAUGUAACCUUGCAUUUAAGCUAAGUGUUUUAUAACCAAGAUAUGUAAUUAGAAAAGGAGGUAGGUCCCAUAAGAGUGAAAAGCCAGAAGAGUAUCUUAUCAUGUGAGGCUGAGGAAGGUUGUUUUCGGGUAUCUGUCAGAAUCUUCUUCGCUUUGCUUUUCCUCCUUUUCUUGUCAACAUUUAUUAUUUAUUUUCGUUUGGUCGGCUCGAUAACACAAAUCUACGUACUUAGCACAACUAACCAUGACUGCACAUGAAGUCAACCAGUUGUGACCUGAAAACAGCUUUUGUUUUCUACUUCCAAAAAAAAAUAAUAAUAAUAGUAAUUCGAUUUUCUAAAAUCCAAAUUCGUAUUCACCUUAGCAAACAUCUCUCUCUUUCUAUCAGUAACGCUCUGCCGCUGAAUGAUUGAUUGAUUUUCUGGGACUUACUGCAGUCGACAAAUCUCACCACAGGAUUUUCAAAAUUUACUUGGUUUCGAUCGCUUAUUACUUAAUCACUCCGAGGAAGCUUGACGGGUCUUUUAAAAGUUGUGAUUCUAAACUUGUAGAAUCAAAGGAAUGUGAUCUUGUUUUUCGGUAAGUUUCCCAAAGUUUCAGUUAUUCGAAAGUUGCUUUGUUGCAAAAAAAAAUCGAAUGGGAGAAGGAGAAGAAAACGAAGCAGAAUCAAAUGAGAGAUCCUUGGCUUUAUCUCCCACUUGGUCUGUUGCUCUAGUCUUGACUGUCUUCGUCCUUGUUUCUUUGAUCGUUGAGCGCUCCAUCUAUCGUCUUAGCACUUGGUUGAGGAAGACAAAGAGGAAACCUUUAUUUGCUGCUUUGGAGAAGAUGAAAGAAGAGUUGAUGCUGCUUGGCUUCAUAUCACUUCUUCUUACAGCUACAUCUAGCACAAUAGCCAAUAUCUGUGUCCCAUCAAGUUUCUACAACGUCAGAUUCGUUCCUUGUACACGUUCUGAGAUUAAGGAGGAACUUGAAAACGAAUCAUCUGUCCAGAGAAAUCUGUUGACCAAAUCCUUCUUUUUCAGCAUAUUUAGGAGAAGAAAGCUGGAGGAAGGCAUUCACCGUGCUACUUGCACCGAGGGGCAUGAGCCGUUUGUUUCAUACGAAGGCUUAGAACAGUUACAUCGCUUCAUCUUUAUAAUGGCGGUUACACAUGUUACCUACAGCUGCUUGACCAUGCUCCUGGCCAUCGUCAAGAUUCAUAGUUGGAGGAUCUGGGAAGAUGUAGCUCGCAUGGAUCGACAUGAUUGCUUAACUGUGACAAGAGAAAAAGUAUUACGAAGGCAGACAACCUUUGUUCAGUAUCAUACAUCUGCUCCUCUGGCCAAGAACAGAUUGCUUAUAUGGGUGACAUGUUUCUUCAGGCAAUUCGGACAUUCUGUUGUUCGUUCUGACUACCUUACUCUCCGGAAAGGAUUCAUUGUGAAUCACCACCUCACAUUAAAGUACGAUUUUCACAGCUACAUGAUUCGCUCUAUGGAGGAAGAAUUCCAAAGGAUCGUUGGUGUAAGUGGGCCGCUUUGGGGGUUCGUAGUUGCUUUCAUGCUCUUCAACAUUAAAGGAUCAAAUCUCUAUUUCUGGAUAGCAAUCAUACCUGUAACUCUUGUACUUCUGGUUGGUACCAAGCUGCAACAUGUAAUAGCAACUUUGGCAUUGGAGAAUGCUGGCUUAACAGAAUAUCCUUCCGGAGUUAAGCUGAGACCUAGAGAUGAACUCUUUUGGUUCAAUAAACCAGAACUACUCUUGUCCCUUAUCCACUUCAUUCUAUUCCAGAAUUCAUUUGAACUGGCUUCAUUCUUCUGGUUCUGGUGGCAGUUUGGUUACAACUCUUGCUUCCUAAAGAAUCAUCUCCUUGUCUACUUCCGACUUACUUUAGGGUUUGCUGGACAGUUUCUAUGCAGCUACAGCACACUGCCACUAUAUGCAUUGGUCGCUCAGAUGGGAACGAACUAUAAAGCGGCUCUGAUACCUCAGAGGAUAAGAGACACGAUUAAAGGUUGGGGAAAAGCUACUAGAAAGAAAAGAAGACAUGGUUAUUACGGCGAUGAUUCCACUGUUAGAACAGAAACAAGCACGGUUGCAUCUCUUGAAGAAUAUGACCAUCAAGUGCUUGAUGUUGUUGAAACUUAUCCACAACAACGAGGACAGAAAGGUGUUGAGCUUGAGUUACAGCCAGUCCAACCUCGUAAUGCUUCUGCUUCUGUACCUAAUGAAUCUUCAAGUAGAGUUGGAACGCCUCUUCUUCGAUCUUGUGUCUCUAUUUCUUCAGCAACGACCCCAGAGCUAAGAACAGAUCCUAUGGAGACACUCUCGAGAUCAUCUUCAUUGCCAUUGAGAAGGGAAUGAUAUAUAUAUAUACACUCAUUAAAAUAAGCUGAGUUGGACGAUUGGUUUAGAGGAAUAUAAGUUUGUAGGAGUAUUUUCAGUAGAAACAUGUAUAACAAGCUUACAUAAUCGCAUGUACCACGUCUAUCAAUAUUAGGAAGUCACAAUGAACCCGGACAUGAUUAAGUUUUGGGAAAAUCCCACGAAAAACCUUCAAAGUGUCGAGUA